AUUUGGCCGUGAGGGGCAGAAAGGUAGGCUCCAUGAAUUUGUCGCCUGCCAGGUCAUAUGAAGCACUCCAAUGGGACACUGUAGGCAAGAAGCAAUCCGAUGAUGCAUUGGUUGCUACAGUAGAUCACAAGACAAAGAAAUUUCGUUUGCAUUGCAGCCUGAACCAUGUGAAAGCAUCCAAAAUGGAAUCUAAACCUUUCUGGGCUAAUCCCGACCUGCCAAACGAGCCAUUAAUCUUUAAAUAUUGCACCCGGUCAAAAUUUUACCGCGAGCCGUAAACAAGCAAGCAACUGCUUGUCCAUGGCCGGCGGCGACCACAUCCAAUGACCCAAACCCUGACACAGAAGGGAACACAGCGGCACAGCACUCCUCCUCGUCGACGAUGGCGGCGUGGCCCAACCCGGCCCUUCCGCUCCUCCUCGUCGCCGCGCUGCUCGCGUUCGAGGACUGGCUCUCCACGCCCUCCUGCUCCGGGGGGCCGCCCCGUCACGGCCCCGGCGACCUCAGGGCCAUGAUGGUGGCCGACCUGAUGCUCUUCGGGUCGGACGCCACCUACGCCGACAGGCUCUUCCGGGACCACGUCAUGUACAAGUUCUUCGCUAAUUCUAUUCAAACAUUAAAGCCAGACAUGAUUGUAGUCCUUGGGGACAUCUCAGCAAAGGGUUCAGAGUUGACAGAGCGCAAAUGGAUAUCUGUUAUUGAGCAGUUCGAGGGGAUGUUGGGGCAGCACUCUAGUCUUCCUCUUCUCACUGUACUAGGUGAUAAGGAUGUUGGCAAUUGUGCCAAUUUGGAGGGAAAAUUUGUACACCGCAGGGCCAAACAUUUGCCUGGAUUGGAUUCUUGUGGGUGUGGUGCUUUUGAGAUUAGUAAUGUGAGUUUUGUGUCACUAAAUGCGGUUGCACUGCUCUGUGGCAACAAUAACUUGCGGUUUGGUGUUGAGAAGUUUAUGGAGAGGGAAAGCCAUCAUUUCCAAAGUCUGAAUGAAGCAGAAUGUUACCCUUUGGGAUGUGAAAAAAGAGAAGGUUCCACUGACAUCAGUUGGAGGCGGAACAGCAUGGAUUCUGGGUCUGGUCCUGUCAUUUUGCUACAUUUUCCACUGCAUAGGUUUGAUGCAGAAGUUACUGGUGUUCCCACAUCUGCAGAGGCAAUAGUCUCAGAUCAUUCAUCAGUUUUCUCAAGUUCAAAACAAAGGGGGAUAUACGAUCGCCUGCAUACCCUCCCAGCAAAUUCAACUCAGUAUAUUCUUCAGGCACUUAAACCAAGGAUUAUAUUUAAUGCUCAUACUGGUAGCUUCUCAGACUUUCUCCACGCUGAUGGGACACGUGAAGUAACAGUACCGGCUAUGACAUGGAAGACAAGAGGUGUACCUGGUUUUGUCAUUACUACAUUUGAUACUAAAGGGACUGUGACUCUUAGUUGUUGUUUGUUAGCCAAGGAAUGGCAUGUAAUUAUGGGAUACUUAGCAUUCUUGUGCCUGACAGCUCUUGCAGUUAAAUUGUCGCAUCAAUUGGAAUGAGAGAUUGAAUCUUUUUUCAAGGUUUUGGUACUACUGUAGGGAAGUUAGAAGUUACUCACAUGGAGCACAAUACCUUUAACAGACUUUCUGCUUGGAGGACAUAAUGGCAAGUUCUCCAGCUCAAUCUGGAAAACUGGUGUAUAGAUCGCUGCCAUCUUCUGUGGCGGUCCAGAGAGACUCCCUGCAGUCCCGCAGACCAAGAGCAGUGGCUACUUGCUUCAUCUGCAAUUGUAGCUAUGGAUCGGCUCCGCUGCAUGGGGGUACCAAAUCAGGUCUACCCUUGUGUCAUGUGUGACUCCUGAUGCCGUCAACUACAAUUUUGUGAUGCCAUUUGCCCGCUGAUAGCACGGCCUCUGGAAGUGCAGGAAAGUCGCCCCCAGCAUGUACAACGUACCAAUAUGACUCACCUAUGUCAGCAAUGAAGGCAUUCAGGUUCUCCCAUGCAGUUCUUGAAUCGAAAAAAGCACUUUGUUUAUGCUUCACAAGCUCUCUGCCCCUGUCUUGAGUCUCUCAGGUAACUUCUGCGCGCAUGAGGGAGAGUUGAAAUGUUCCCUUCAGACCUGAUAGAAGUAGGCGCAUGCUUGCUCCUGUGUAUCUCUUACAUGCAUGCAACUAGGAAUGAGGAACCUGGCUACCUGGUUCUACAUGAGAGUGUUUGUUUUAGAACAGACAUGGUGAUGUUUGUACUUGGUGCCUGUAGCUGUGCACAUCAUCGAUCUGCGGUUAUAAUUUGUAGUUGUAGCGUGUGAUGAACAAACUCUCGUAGUACACGAAGUCACAGAUAACAGAUUUGAUCCCUGGCAGAGCUGCGUGUUCUCGUUCUUUCAUACUCCUAAUCCUAUGAUACUGUACAAUUUGUACUUCA